AUGCACACGACGGCUCAACUCGACAGCCUCGAACUGGAUGAAUCAAGUGGACAGGGCUCCAAGCGCGCCGCCAGCAUGAUCUUUCGCAUCGAGCAGCUGCUGCCCGGCAGCACCACGGCGACCACAACGACAGUGGCCACGCCCACGAUCUCGAACCAGCAGGCGCCCGCCAAGAGAGCGAGGAGCAGCUUACGUCCAGGUGUCUAUACAGCUCAGUAUACGCCCAAGGACACGUGCUCCGGCGGCAUACCCACUGCAGCGCUGCUCAGCUCCAUGGGCACGCCCACUGCCAGCGACGCCCACGUGCAUUGCGGUCUGGCGAACGGCGAAUUGGCGCUAACCGCCUCGAUGCUGCGACAGAUCAAACUCUCCGAGGACAUUUACAGCUUCAAUGCGCUGUUCGAGCUGCACGCCGGACAGCUGCGCAUUCGACUGGUGCGGGACGUGGGCCGCGAGGACGAGAUUGUGGCCUGGUUCGGCGAGGAGCUGGUGUUGCUCAUGGGCAUACCCUUUCUCACACCGCUCAACAUACAAGGCAACAAUCGUUACACCUGUCAUCUGUGCCAUUUGACCUUCGAGACGCCACAUCCGUUGAAGAUCCAUCUGGCCCUGGGCUGUGGCCGCAGCGUUAUGGAUCUGCUGUGGAUGCGCCUGCAUUACGCACUGAAGGCGACGGCACCAGCUCCACCCAGCUCAACAACCACAAUAACUCUGUCACCCACACCGGCCACCUCCUCGACAUCCUCGGCCUCGCCGAAUCGCUCGCCACCACCGCCUCCUGCAGCCACAUCCGCACGCUUCUCCGCCUUUCGUCCGCUGGCUGGCAUGCAACCGCUUGGCCUGCCCUUGCCACACAGCUCUCAGCCGGCGGCAGCAACGAUGUCCUAUCUGCCCUCCAUUUCAGCGAUGGGUGCACCGCAUCCGAUGAACGCAGCCGCACAGAUCGAGGCAAUCGUCAGCAACAUGGGCGCCUCGAAGCAGGGCCAUCUGUGCAUCUACUGCGGCAAGGUCUACUCUCGCAAGUACGGCUUGAAGAUUCACAUACGCACCCACACUGGCUUCAAGCCACUCAAGUGCAAGUUCUGUCUGCGUCCCUUCGGCGAUCCGAGCAAUCUCAACAAGCACGUGCGCCUCCACCUACAAACGCAGCCGAGUGGCAGCAGUGGCGAAGCCGAUGGCCAGCAGGAGGCGGGCUACCAAUGCCAGAUCUGCCAGAAGACGCUCGCCCGGGCCAGAGAUCUGCAGCGGCACAUGGAGACGCGACAUGCCGCAAGCAGCACCACAACAACUGCAACUGCGUCGGCGACAGAGAGCGCCGUGCCGCAUCAUAGCUGAGUG